CAUCAGUUGAGCGGUCACUCACUGUCUGGCACACAUGAGCCCUCAUCACGCCAUCCGAUGUCCUUCCUCGACGCCGAAAAGCCCUUAAAUCUAUGGCACACAUGCACACAGAUGCACUGACUGCAUGAGAGUGAGGCGCCCCAGAGAGCUCACGCACCCACCCCCGCCCGCACUCACUCUCUCUUCGUGUCACUCAGACGCCACCGCACCGUCAGAAAGCCCUUCAAUGCACACAUACGGCACACGUACGUCACGCAAUAAAAGACAAAUACACCGGAGAGUCAGUGGGUGGGACCACAUGCACACCGACGCCCGCACCCUCUCUCUCUCUCUCUCUCUCCCUUCCCCCCUUUGGACAGCGGUUGAUACGUAUACAUGUGUGUACACCUACCUGUCUGUGAGAGUCAUUGCAUCCUGCCAGGCCAGGUGUGUACACCCCACCCCGCAUACACAAACGAUGAAUCGAGCGAUGAGUGAGAGGUGCUUACAUACAUAUUAACAUGCAGACACUAUGCUGUAUAUGAAGCACCUCCGGUCAACACACACACACACAUGCACAUGCACACAUGCGCAAGAUAGAAGACACUGUUGAAGGGCACAACGCAGGCAGAGAAAUACGCACAAUGCGAAUCUCUUCAACUCACUAUGUCCCCCUGCCCUCCGACACACGCUGUCGCAUGAGCCAAGAAUCGGGCUCGCAUCACAUUUGAUCCGUCUACACCAAAUCUGUUCACAAGAACUCCCUCCCUCCCUCCCUCUACCUCCCUGUCUGUCUACUGCCGCCCGCUAGUGUGUCGCUCAAUAGGGGGCCGCUCGAUACGAGCCAUCACUAAUACCACCCCAGUAGUGCUGAUUGCUGUCCCUCUGUGGUCCAUAGCACGAUGCUGCUGCUGCUGCCGCCGCCGCUGCUGCGGGUGAAGGCAGCAGCGGCGGCAGUAGAGUGGGUGUGUGUUGGUGUAGAUGGGGGGAAUGAUGGUUGGGGUGAGUCAACGGGCGGGCGCUGGCCACCAUCACAGACACAGACAGGACAGAGACAGACAGCACGGAGUGGGUCGCGUGGCGCCGCACAUUCAUGUAGUCAGCUUGUCUCCUUCCUCACUCACCUGGGACAAGCACCUGUGGCCACUUGUGGGUGUGUUGGGCCGUGGCCACCUGGCACACACACCCACACCACACCGACACACACAUAAGACAUACCAACACAACGCGACAUCAAGAGAUACUCUACGUACCUGGAUUGCCUCCCCCUAUGGGUUUGGGGGCGUCCAUCGAAUGGCCAGCCCCACCCGCCUUGACGCCACCAGGAACGGCCACCUUGCACUGAACCUGACACACACGAAAUGUCCCCGUCUGUCUGUUGAGAGAGGGAGCGAAAGACCAAACAGACGCAGCGUCUGACCUGCUUGCAAUUGAUCCAGUGCGACUGCUGGCUGAGCACCCUCUGCAUGGUAGACUUUUCAUGGAAUACGACGAAGCCAAAUCCCCGCGGACGGCCUGAACACACACACACACACGGACACACACGGACACACACGGACACACACACACACACAUACACACAGAGAGAGAGAGAGAGAGAGUCAGCACCAACCAGUGUGGCUGUGGCUGUGGCUCUCGCACACCGACCGGUAAUUGGGUCCGUGACGAGAAACGCAUUGCGCACGGGGCCAUAGUUCGCAAAGUACGCACGGAAUUGGGCUGAAAGAAUGAACGAAGACAACGACAGAGACAGAUGGAUGAGUCGCUGCCCACCCACCACUCCCGCGGGCCCUCUUACCCGCUGUGAGUCCGUGCGGCAGUCCGCCGACAAACAUCUUGUUGUUGUUGGCCUCCUCACCAGAUGAAGAUGCAGCAGGGGCCGCGACUGCAUCCAUCGUCUGAGCGAGCGUGACCCACUGAUGGGGCGGAGAAAGUGAUUCGCUUUGCCGGGACAGUGCGCUGCCGGCUCCAGCGAGCUGGCCCAAACUGUGCAUACACACGCCCGAAGUACAGUACACCUAACUCGUCCAUUACACACUCACUUGGGUGGUGGUGGCUGCUCGUGGAAGCCGUUGGUGAAGGAAGGCGGAUGUGGUACUUGUAGCUGGCUCGUGUUGCCUCCUGCUGCUACUACUGCUGCUGCUGCCGCCGCUGGAGGGGUUGGAGAUGAGAACAUGGCCGCGCCCGGCGAUUCAGGUGGUGCCGGUGGUGGGUAGUUCGGUGGACCACCUGCACAUGGGACGGACCACCCGCACCACACGCGCCAAAAAUGAGUGGUUGUCGACGCUCUAUGGGUUAUAUAAAUCGGCUUCCCAUCUACUCACCGACGGGAGCAGCAGGCGGCGGCGGGUACCCGAAGAUGGGCUGAGUGCCAUAGCUAGGAUGGCCAUGUGGGUGUGGGUACGGCUGCACUUGGGCGUGGCUGUCGUCUGCCGGUGCUGCAGGGGGCGAUGAGGGCGGGGGAGGGGGCGGGCCGUCUGAACGAACGAGGCACACCAAACACACUGUGACAAUCCGCCGGCUGGUGCGUGUGUGAGUGCCCUUUUGCGCACCUUGAUUUGGGUCAUCUUGGUCUUGCUCAGGCUCCUCGGUGGGCUCCUCCUUGGUAGGAAUGGGCACCCACACCAAGCCCUGCACGUGCACAAGACACGCACACACGUAUUCGGCUGAGUGAGUGAGUGAGUGAGUGAGGGCGUCGGUUACCCUUUGGUUGUCGUAGAUGUGUUUGAGCCAGUUGCAGAGGUCGAUCGCCUGCCCCAGGUUGCCGAGGUAUUCGGUGUUGAUUUGACUCGCCGUCUUGCCACUCAUCUGGUGCAGAUGAUAUCCCUUGAGCCCACUCUGAGGAAUCGUAUACAUACAAAGACAUCCAUUCAUCGACCACCCCCCCUGUCUGUCUGUUUCUGUGUCUGCCUGUCUGCCCCCACAUACCUUUUUGACGAUCUGCAGCACGCUUCUUGCCAGCUCGCUCUCAUCCCGCUCCAGCGCUUCAACCAGCUGCUGGUGGUCGAGGUUGACCAGCUGACGCUCCACACACCCAACAGGCUUCUUCUGCGGCUGCCGACCAGCUCUGGCCUUGGGGGCACCUUGCUGCUGUUGGUUGGCACCCCCACCACCCCUGGCGGCCUCUGCGCCGCCCUCAGUCUUGACGCGGACACCGACACGAGCAGCGGCCGCCAGCCCUCCCUGCCCCCCUCCUUGGCCUGGCCGGUUACCGCCCGGUUGCUCUCCGCCAUCCCUGGUCGACACAGCGGCCGCCUGGGGCGGCUCGGCCCCACCGCCCCUCUCCUCAGUCGGCUGCUGCUGCUGCUGGCCGUCAUCGAUGACGACUGGCUCUCGCUGCUGCUGAUUGCAACCUUCACCAGCAGCAGCCGACCCACGUGAGGCGCCCGAGCCUCCGUUGCCAGGCGGACGGCUCGAUGGUGCCGGCGGUGUGGGUGACGCGGGUGGUGGUAGUGGUGCUCCUGCGGCGGCAGCAUGUGCUUGUGCGGGGGACUCAGAUGGGUGUCGUUUCACUCGUUUCUUGGGUGGUGAUUUGGGUAGCGGGCGGCUGUCCCUGUCCCUGUCCCUGUCCUUGUCCUUGUCCUUGUCUUUCUUCUUGCCGCCCUCCUUGUCCUUGUCCCUGUCUUUCUUGUUCUUCUUCUGUUUGCCGUUCUUCUUAAUUGACAUGCCCGCCCUGACGUCCUCCUUCAAACUUUCCCCCGGUGACGAUGCCACAUCGCUGUCAGGGGGCACAUGCUUGCGCUUCUUGCCCCUCGUCCUUGGACUCGCAGCGGCGGCCGGCGCCUCCUGCUCGCCUUCCCUCUCGUCUUCCUCGAGAACGUUGAUGUGAUGACGCCUGCCUUUCCGCUCUGCAAUACUGCUGCUCGCCCGGUCCAGGACAGAGCGGGGGGAUGAGCCCGGCAGGGCGGCCGCGGCUGGGGGGCCGGCCUUGGCCAAUGACGGACGCGCAACAGUGGUAGCAGCAGCGGCGGUGGCAGCAGCUGGUGGCGGUGCGACAUGGGGAGGGCGAUGCGGCUGUGCAGCCGAGUGCGCCGGGGGCCGCACACCUGACGGAAAUGGCAACACGACAAGGCAUGAAGGACGCCCCGACACGUACACUCGUUGACUCAUUUUCACCUGGGUGGAUGAAUGGCCCGUUGUGACUCCCUGGCGGCAGUGGGGGGCCGCCGUGAUCUGUCCGCACCAUACAUUCAUCGAGACGAGUACGGGUGUCUUUGAGGCCAGCUAUCUGUUCGUGUGUCCAAGCGCACCGUAGAAGUAUGGUGGCGGUGGCCAGAACGGGGGAGGCUGAUGGCCGUAGGGCCACAUGGGAGGGAAGGGCGGCCCAUUCGCGGCAGCACCCGCCAUCGCAUGCUCGUCCUCUUGCUGCUGCUCCCCGUCGCCCAUCUCCUCAGCCACUGCAUCCACCCGAUGCAUCAGUACAGAAGCCGUCAUUGCGUUGCUCCACAGGCUCACUGACUGACCUGCUGCUGGAACCGACGAUCGCCUGGCGCCGUUGGCUUUGGCCGUCGUCUUCGGCUUCGCCUUGGCGACUGCGACACACGCACAGACACGCACACAACCGGAGUUGGCCAAAACUCUGCCGGCCAUGCGCUCCGGUGUGUGUAUGGAAGCCAGCCGGCCAGCCAGCAAGUCACUUACUGCGCUUGACGAACACUCUCGUGCCAUCCUCCCCUGUGGUGAACUCAUCGCGGUUGUUGUCGGGAGGGCCCUUGAGCGCCUCCUUGGCCUUCUCCCGGAGCGGAACGAAGGUCCAGCCCAUGCGGCUGUUCCUCUUGUUUGCCGGGCGGCUCACGUCGUCUCGCAGGUAGUAGCCCUCGCCCUUGCUGUCGGCAAAGGGGCCGAUGGUGACGGUCACAGUGUCUUGGUAGGGGCCUUGGUGGGGGUGGGUGAAGGCGGGCUGCACGUUUGGGUGGGACUGGCGGAGGAGGGCGAAGUAGCUUGUAUGGUAGUUGGUUGCGACUUCCUCGUAGUGCUGUCUGCAGGAGGCGCAGAGGUCGCCAUCUGCCUGACCCCCUGCAGCAGCAGCGGCCGGUGCAGCAGCGGCUGGCGAGGCUGGUGUGUCAUCCGGCUGCUGCUCCUCGAUGGCGAGCUCUCGAUGCUCAGCCAGAUCUGCAUGACAGACACAUAAGUCCACCAUGAACCACACAAGACACGUCUGUCUGCGAUCAUGGGCAUACAGUGAAUACCAUUUUCUCGGCCGGGUGUGUAUUUUUCAUCAUCGCCGUCGCCACCGUGCCGCGCCUUCUUGCGGGCGGCAGGGACGGCGCGGCUGUCUUCACCCUCACCCUGGACAUCCUCCUCCUCAUCAUCGUCGUCCUCAUCGCUCACUGAAGGAAUGAAGGGACCAAACAACAACAUCCCUUAGACAUUCACGUGAUGUGAUGCGUGUGAGGGCCGGCUUCGGUGCAGCUUACCGCUUUCGCCGGAGAGGUCAGACUCUGCUGCCGCGGCAGCGGCAGCGGCGACCCCUGCAGCCCACCAAGCAGCCGUCCCCCGACACCCACCCGCCCCACCGCUCUCGACCCCCUGACCUCCACCAGAGGGACCGCCAGACUCGAUGGCGCCGCCAGGGGCGGGGGACGGCUGGUUGGUGGGCUGCGAGGAGUGCUGUGGGGGUGGUGACGGUCCAGCGACGGCUGGCGAUGGGCUGCCGUGUGGCUGCGGUGUCUGUGGUGCGGUGGAUGCCAUUCGCCCUGGGCCUCGUGUGGCCGUCCUGGUGAGCUCACGCUUGACGUCACUGGCACCUGCUGACAGCACACAGGAGCCACAGAGAGUGUGGCACAUUCAUGUGUUUGUGUGAGUCUGCGGACGGAUCUUUUCGCAUGCGGUGUACCUGAUGACGCGACUGGUCUUGGCGCGUCGCCCCGACUGCUCAUAGUGGUCAGGUCUGCCCCUUCAGGCCUUCAGCUGGACGAGCCCGGGGUUCAUAGCUUCGUCAAUCGGGUGGCGCCAACGAGGCAAAGAAUCGACGGCAAUGGCAAGACCCGCACACCCUCGUCAAAAGAG